AUGACUUCCAAAAUCACGCUCUAUUUUGACAUUGUCAGCCCCUUUGCGUACAUCGCUUUCCACGCGCUGCAAAACUCCCCAGCCUUCCGCAAUUGCACCGUCUCCUAUGUUCCCAUCUUCCUGGGUGGUUUGAUGCAUUCUUGUGGCAAUACGCCACCUAUUAGGAUCAAAAACAAGGACAUCUGGAUCAACCAAGAACGAAUCCGAUGGUCUCGUUACUUCAGAGUCCCCAUGAUCGACCAUUUCCCCAAUGAUUUCCCGCCAUUGACGCUGGGUGUGCAGCGCGCUCUUUGCGCCAUCUCCCAGCGAUACCCGGAAAAGCUCGUUCCUGCGGUCGCGAGUGUGUACUAUGCGUUCUGGGCGGAUGGGAACUCCAAGGUUAUACAACCGGAGAUAUUUGGCCCAAUUCUGGAGAAGGUGUUAGGGAAGGAGAAGACGCAUGAGAUUAUCAAGGAUUCCACCACAUCAGACAUCAAGAGCCUAUUGAACGAAAAUACCGAUCGCGCGUUCAGGUCCGGUGCCUUCGGCCUUCCCUGGUUUGAAUGCACUAAUCCCCAGGGCGAGAUGGAAGGAUUCUGGGGAAUUGACCAUUUGGGCCAGGUGGCCGACUUUUGUGAAUUGGAGCGCAAAUUCGAGCCGGGAUUUCGCGCACUAUUGUAA